AUGAGCCCCGUCCAGCGCCGACCCGAGACCUGGCAGUACACGCCACCUGCGCAGUUCUACACGCCCUACCAACCCCAAUUCGAGACUCCUCCACAGAAGUUUCGCAAUCGCGAGUCCUGGAACGGGCCCAAGCAGGAACCUGACCGCGAGCGAAAGCCGUAUCACCCCCUGCCUCCGGCAAAGCGAAGCGAUUGGGUGAUGUGGGUGGGCAAUGUUCCCCAAAACACGUCCCACGAGGAAUUAUGGCGCUACUUCAAUACCACUGUUCCUCCCGGCAACUCCCCAUGGAAAGGACCAUCGUCCAUCUUUCUGAUAUCCCGCUCGUCCUGCGCAUUCGUCAAUCUCUCCUCGCAGGAAGACCUCGACAGGGCGGUCAACUUUUUCAACGGCCGACCGUUGCGGGGAUGGGAUAUGCGAUGUCCCCGCAUGGUGUGUCGGGUGCGGCGAAAAGAUGACGAUCUGCGGGCGGGAGUGGGAGCGCAGAGGGGGACGGGAAUGCACCGGGAAUGGGUCAAGGCGAGCGGACCUGUGAGCCCGGCGGCGAUGGAAGCACCACCAGAGGGCGAGGGGAGGCGUCGUGAAUCCAUCGUCCAGGCGCAGGCGGAGCAGCAAAAGCACCAAUCCACCAACAGCUACGCCUCGACCAACUCGUCCUUCCUCACCCGUCACUUUCCCAAGCGUGUCUUUAUACUCAAAAGCACGAGCGUGGCGGAGCUCGAGGAGAGUGUCGCCAAGGGGACCUGGCGGACACAGCGGCACAAUGAGCCCAUCCUCGACCAGGCGUUCCGCACCGCCCCAGAGGUUUAUCUCAUCUUUGGCGCCAACAAGUCGGGCGAGUUCUUUGGCUACGCCAAGAUGGUGGAGCCGAUCGACAAGGAGCGUGCUGCUGCCAGGUUGGCAACGAUGGAGGAGACGCCCGAAGUCGACCUCCUCUCCUCACCGGUGCCAAUGUCAUCGCCGACUUCCCUGACGCCGGCGGAUGAGGAGCCCUCGUUUGAUAUAAAGAGCGUGACCAAUCCCGUCAAGCCACGUCACUCUCACGGUCAUCAUUCGGUCGCUUCUGCGCCGGCAGAUCUCCGUCCUACCACACUGGAUCCAAAGCUCCUCCAACGGUCCGGUAUGGCCGGCCCUAUCGCUGCUCUGCGGGCGGCAGAGCGCAACGCCAUCGUCAAUACCGAGCCGGGUACGUCGGACCGGAAGCAGGAGAUGGACAAUGAGGGAGUCUUGAGGAAAGAUACGAUCCCUUCGCCCGAGCCCAAGGCGUUGGAUCUGGAGGAGGGGAUGGGGUUCGAGUUCAAGAUUGAAUGGGUCAAGGUCAAAGGGUUACCAUUUGGGCAGACCAAGCACUUGCGGAACCCGUGGAACUCGGAUAGGGAGGUCAAGAUCUCUAGGGACGGGACAGAGGUUGAGCCAAGUGAGUUCGACAUUGACGGCGCUGAUGUAGACGUCGGUACCUUGCUUCUUGCCGAGUGGGACAAGUUGUGA